CAGGAGCUGAAGCAGCGGCAGCGUGCGGAGAUCUACGCCCUGAACCGGGUGAUGACGGAGCUGGAGCAGCAGCAGUUUGACUCCUUCUGCAAGCAGAUGCAGAGCUCGGGGGAGGGGGAGUGA